AGCUGUUCGCUGCAGACAUCAUUAGGAGGGGAGACGCUUUCCACCGUCGGCAGCGGAGCAGAGCAGGGGAGCCCUGGCAACAAGGACACACAAACUCAGCAGCCCGAUCCACCUUACAGGAAUGGUGACAGCACCUGCAGACAGACAGACGUGGACAGACGGCACAGGCCCCUGGGACACUUCCUACUGGCUUCCAUUAGUGGAAAGGUCCAGAUAUCACACUAAGAAGUGCCGUUCCAGGCGUUUGUCAGCUCUCAACUGAGCAGCAGGCUCCACCUACUCCACCACCCCAGUAGCUCUGCCUCCUCUGCUCAGACACCUCUGCCGCUUCUCUGUGAACAUUGUGUGGACGUGGUAUGAGGGAACUGGCCAUUUUCUACAAUCCAUGACUCCACCGUCAAGAUUUGAAGUUCCAGUUCUGCUUGUGGGUUGACUGGACGGCAAGCUGCCCAAGACCGAGAGCCUGAGGGAGUGCUGAGUGCCUAAGUCAACACACUGCAUUCUGGGAAAGUCUGGAACCCUCUCCAUGGGCUGUACCACCUGCUGACAAACCAGGGCAGUCUGGAGGAGUUGUGCUGAAUGAGGAUUUUGCUGUGUGUGGGCAGACUUCCUUUUGCAGGGAAAUGAUUCCACAUGAAGUGCGACGCACUCGGCCCCCUGUCGUCCUCGGCGGCAGCAGCAGGUGUGACGUCGUGACGCUCUCCCCAGACACACUGGUUUCACCCAACAGCCGUUAAAGACCCAGGACCAGACCAGAACAGACCACCCUACUCCACCCCACCCCACUAACCACCCUUCAUAUCUUCAUCUUUAAUUCUUCACCUGCUUUUUAGGGCUUUGAUUUUAUUUGUUGUAAAAGAAAAAGAUCUAUUAAUUGAAAAACUUGGGUGAACUGGACAGAGAACAAGAACGGAGAUUAGCAAAUAAGUUGUUAAUGUAAAGGACAGAAUAUCAUAAGUAAGGAACAAGUUAGGGACGUGGCAAAAAGGCACAGAGUGAACAAGAAAAAUAUACAGAAAUCCACAAGUUAAGGAAAGGUAACUGAAGCACUGUACAGGGAGUUGAGUUGAAACCAACAUGAAGUCCAACCAGGAGCGUAGUAAUGAAUGUCUGCCCCCAAAGAAAAGAGAGAUCCCAUCAAGCACAUUAGCAUCAGAAAGUCGCUCUCCUACCAUACCACCCUCCAGUGACAGCCAGCGCACAGAGAACAUGGCUUGGCUUGCCAGUGUGGCCGGUUGCAGUGAGAGUAGUGUUGGUAUGCACCGUACCUCCAGCCAGUCCGACGGACCCCAAUAUAAAUCCCUCUCAUCUACAUCAGACUCUUCAACCUCUUCUUCUUCUACACUGAGACUAGUCUCAUCUCUUCCGACAGUGUAUACAUCCCCCUUGUCACAGUCCACAGCUGGAGGAACUGUCCAUUAUACCCAACUGCCUCCAAACCUGCAGUUUAUAGCCUCCUCUUACCCCACCCCAUACACCGGCUACAUCUCCCCUCAGCUGCUUCCACCUCCUCCACCACCUCCACCUCUCUCUUCUUCCUCAUCUUUGGCUGUGCAGAGACCCUCACACACAGAAAUAGUCUCUGCUCCAUCACAGGCCUCCAAACAUGACCAGCAGCGAGCAUCUAGUGCACGUACUUCUAUGCCUCCUCCACCUACAGACCCCUCCCCUCACCAUGUUCAAUUGUCAACAUCUCCACGGACUGUGCCGUCACCUCAUCACCAAGGAGGCAUACACCUCCCACCACAAUCCCUGCACUCCCACCAUACUUUGGGACAUAGCAUGUCCCAGGUUGUGGUGCAGUAUACAGAUGGACCCAACAGGAAAGAGGAAGGUGGUUCGAGGCCCAGGGAGCUCCAUAAUGGAGAGCUGGAAAGGGGACGGCGGUUUGGAGCAUCCCCCGAGUCCAGCAUCUCUAAGCCAGGAAGCAAAUUACGGGAGUCUUUGUCCUCAUCAGCAUAUGAAGCCCGCCAGCUGGUUCUGCCAUCAGAAUACUCGACCCAUGAUCCUUCAGGGCUGAGGACCUCUGUCAUGCUAAUGCCUAACAGCCACGGGGACCACCAGAUGGUACCGGCCAGAGCCAGCCCUGAGAAGCAGACCACCUCAGGCCACCCACACCUGGAGAAAGGUGGCAUUGUCAUGGGCAAACCUGCCAAUCGCACCUCGUCUACAAAUACCACAUCCUCAUUUAUGUUUCCGCCUCCACUCAGUGUGGACAGCCUGAAAGCUGUCAGUACUGUGUCACCACAAACUGUUAUCCAAACCACCAAUAACGCUACAGAGCCACUGUCACUUGGACUCUCUUCCACGAGUAUCUAUCCACAGCCGCCUAUAAUUGGUUAUAUUGCAGGUGGCACUGUGAGCCAACAUACGCCAAUCAGCUACCACACCAGCCUGCAACAACACUUACUCAUUCCUGGCACCCAGCAGGUCAUUAUCCCUGUUAGUGGAGGUGGAGUCACUCCAUUAGAACCAGUAAGCUCCCAUGGGACAACAUCCACCCAAGCUGCCCCAUUUCCUGCCACACUUCCACACACAUACAUUGCUGCCACCACUCCCAAAGGAGAUUCUCUGGAACCAUCUCCCAGCAGCCUUUACCACCAGGCUUCUUCAGGUGCAAUGGUUCAAGCCCAGCUUCAUCUCCCAGUUGUUCCUGCUCCACCAGGGCUGGUCGCCUCUUCUGCUCCUCCUCUGUCCAAUACACCAGUGCCACCCUCACUGCCCCCAUACUUCAUAAAGGGGUCCAUCAUCCAGCUUGCUGAUGGUGAGCUAAAACGUGUGGAGGAUCUGAAGACAGAGGAUUUCAUCCAGAGUGCCGAGAUCAGCAGUGAACUGAAGAUUGACUCAUCCACAGUGGAGCGGAUUGAAGGGAGUCACACCUCACCCAACUUUGCUGUUGUUCAGUUCAUUGGUGAGCACCGUGCACAGGUGAGUGUGGAGGUCUUGGUGGAGUACCCAUUCUUUGUAUUUGGCCAAGGCUGGUCCUCAUGCUGCCCCGACCGGACCACCCAGCUUCUAGAGCUGCCUUGCACCAAGCUGUCUGUGGGCGACGUUUGUAUUUCAUUGACCCUCAAGAACAUGAGGAAUGGCUCUCUGAAGAAGCCCCUGGAGCUGGCCACUACUGCCUCUGUCCCACCCUCCGGCCAUGGGCACCUCAAACCCUCCAGAGCUGUCUCAGAUGCUCCCCAGAGCUGUAGUGGAGGUUGCUCCAGGCAUGGCGAGCGUGAGAAUGGCAUCAGCCAGCGGGGGAGUAGCAGAAGUGGGAACGGGACAGGAGGGGGCGCCAAUGUGGAAAAUGGCGAUGUCAUGUUCAGCGAAAGAGGGUCCUCCUCUAAAGAUCAGAUUGACAGCAACACAGAAACCGGCACCUGUAAACCAUCAGGGGGCAGAAAACGGCGAUGGUCUGCCCCUGAAGGUCGGAAAGUGGAGAAAGUAGAGGAGGAACCACCGUUGACCCUGCCCAAACCUUCCUUUAUCCCUCAUGAUUUGAAAAUCAGCAUUGAGGGAAGGUCAAAUAUUGGCAAGUGAGGCUCGCAGGACUGUUUGGUAGCCAACGAGACGUAAAAGGGGUCUACAAAAACACAAAUGCCCACUUUAAUGUUUCAUUUGUCUUGGUUUUGUUUUCUGUUUUUUUUUCUAUCUUGAAUACUGUACUGUAGAGGUAAAGGUACCCUACAUGUUAUCACCUUGCAUUAAGUCCAUGUAGUUUCUAACACAUUUUUAUAGAUGGAUUUGAUAUCACACAAAGCAAUCAGUGCUGUUUUGGUGGUUUUCUUGACAUGACUCUUGGUGAGGGAUUUGUGAAGUGUGCUCUGUUCAUCGGUGGCUGUGUGGCACAUGGUGGCAAUAUUUGAUGGUUGUUUCUGGCUUCAUAGAUUCUCAAAUCAAACUGACAGUGAUUUCUCUCCCUGUAUGCACUACUAACGAGGCUUCCAGGACAGAGACACCUUUGCACCUCUGCAAGCCACAGGAGUGAUCUAUUAGCUGAUUAUGAGCAAGGAGAAUUUUUGGCAUAGAAAUACCAUGUGUGUGCCAGACCUUGCCUGUAUUGUCAGUGUGCCACACAAACAACAGGGAACGCAUUUUAAUCUGUUCAGUUUGAAUCUUUUUUUUUUUUUCAUCUUUACCAUUUUUAAUAUAAUUUUUACCCCUCACUUUCUAUCCCACCAGAUAGAUAUUUUCAAUGAUUGUCAAAAAAAAAAAAAACUUUAAUCAGGGGUUAUUUAGUCCUAGGUUUAACCUAGGAGGGUCAAUGUUAUUAUAAAUGUGAGUUACCCUGACCUAAUACAUAUAAGUGCAAACACACUGGGUUGGCAUCUGAGGUAGACUGCAUACAAUCCUCAUCAUUUUUUGAUGAAUUACUUUUUAUUUUUUAUCAAGAGAGGCUGCAUGAGAGAAACUGAGAGAAUCUGCAUGUCAGUUCUGAGGGGGUCAGGAUGUUUCAAAGUACUUAAUUUAGCCUGUCACACCCAAUGUGCAGCCGACACAUUUUUGUUAUCUCUUUAUCUACACAGUACUGUAUGUUUUUAGAGGGGGGGGUUUAAGACAAGGGUAGAUAGCAGCAACAGCACUUUGGAAAGAGUCUUUUUUGGGGGGAGGGGGGGUGAAGGGUCAUUUAGGUAAUGUGGGAGUGGACGUGCCAUGGAAUCACUAAGAAAGGGAUAAAAUGUGACAGGCAUCAGAGGAAAUCUCAUUGAGUAGGUAUUUAGAGAAGAUAAUUGUGGUGAUAGAAAAGACAAGGAACAAGAUGGUAAUCAGCAUGUGUGCUUGUACGGCCAGCCAAGUAAAAGUCAGAGGAAAAAAGUUUUGGAAUGUGAUCUGAAAGUUCAAUAUCUGGUGUAUGGUUAAUUAAAAAAGGCUUUGAAAUAUCCCAGUGAUGUUUUGUACCAGUUUGAGAGCAAUUAUGACAUGCUCAAGCCACAGAAUUUUGACGGGUGUCAUAUAUUGUAAUUUUUGUGUGUGUGCUCAACGGUGUGCAUGAUGCUUGUCUGUGUAUGUCCAUACAUACACACAUGCUUACACAAACACAAAACAGUACAGACCAUCCCCAAAAUGUAUUGACUGUUGAUACGUACUGUAUUUAGGUGAAUUACUGUUGUGUAUUGUCCCCACUGCAAAGACACUAGUGGACUGACAUUGAAUGAAUGCAUGGAUAGUACUCAUAUACAGUGGUGUGUUUGUGUAUGUGUGUGAUGUUGUGUAUGAGUGUAUGUACAGUGUAUAGGAAAAGGAUAUACUCAUUUGAUACAUAGACAAAACUAAAUGUCCAGUGUUUCUAUAGUUGGAGUCUUUACUUAAGAGAAUCUUGCAAUUUGCACAUCAGGAGGAGGGAGUUAGGUGGAGACAUGAUAUUAAUGGCCCUGUUCUAAAACGAGCCCUAGACCACAUAACACACUGGACAAGACCAGGGUUUUGUUUUGUUUUUUCUUUUGUUCCUCAACAGGCACAUUGUGGGGGAAAGUUGAACACAUGUAAGGUCAAAUUACAGCUUUCACAAACACGCAUAGCUGCAAACCAGAAUAUCUUAACACGUGCCUGCCUACUGAAUUUAAUGACAAACCAUUUUGUAGAGUAUCUCAAGGAAAAUGCUGAUGUUUUAGUUGAGAACAUGGGGCAUCCGGGGGGUUGUAGGGACUAAGGUUCAAUUUUGAGCAUGACCUGCACUUUCAGUCAGCCGAAACCCUAAUUUGCUAAGAUGUAGCGGUUACCUCAACAGAUGUGCUUGCUUGGUGGGCCCAGCGUUUAAAGCUUUGUGAAUGAGUAGGACAGAUGUUGUUCACUUGAACAUCCUAACAG